AUGGCGGUUUCCACAUCGUCAGCGGCCGGAAUCAUUGCCGGGAUGAAUCCAUUGGAAUAUUCCUCGUCCCAACCUUACACGCUGUUCAUAUUUCAAACCAUAUUUGUUGUGGUGUUAGCUCAACUUGUCCAUAAACCUUUGUCGAUCCUCAAACAGCCCAAGGUCAUCGCAGAGGUGAUCACCGGUAUUCUCCUUGGACCAAGUGUCAUGGGCCACAUUCCUAGAUUCACAAGUCUCGUUUUUCCAACAAGCUCAAUUCCCGGACUUACUCUGGUUGCGAAUGUCGGAGUGUGUCUGUUACUGUUCAUGGUUGGCUGCGAGGUGGACGUCGAGUUCAUCAAAAAGAACCUUAAAAUUGCAUUUUCUGUCGGCAUAUUUAACAUGGCGGUCCCCUUUGGACUGGGCUGUGCGAUCGCAGUUGGUCUGUGGAACGAAUAUAGAGUCAAUGACGACGACUUGCAACCAAUUAAGUUCACCACGUUUAUGGUGUUUAUUGCCGUCGCCAUGUGCAUCACUGCGUUUCCCGUGCUUGCCAGAAUCAUCACAGAGCUGGGUCUGGUAAAAGAUCGAGUCGGUGUCGUGGUUCUUGCUGCCGGAAUCACCAACGACUUGAUCGGGUGGAUCCUUCUUGCUCUCAGCAUCACGCUGGCCAACUCUUCGAAGUCCGAAAUCACAGCUUACAUAUGUCUGGUCGUUAUUGGCUGGUGUUUGUUUGUGGUGUAUCCGUUGCGGUUUCUUCUCCGCAAAGUGCUGUUCAAGCUGGACGAGAUCCACACCGGCCCUUCGCAACUCGGAACAACCAUCAUUCUGAUGCUUAUGUUUGCGUCUGCAUUUUUCACAGACAUAAUUGGAGUCCACCCCAUCUUUGGCGCAUUCAUUGUGGGCACUAUUGUUCCGCGUGAAAACAACUAUGUCAUCAUCCUCACAGAAAAAAUCGAGGACCUAGUCAAUAUCGUUUUCGUGCCGCUAUAUUUCGCGCUGGCCGGUCUCAGUGUCAACCUGGGCCUUCUUAAUAGAGGUAUCGACUGGGCCUACAUUGUCUGCAUUGUUGUGGUGGCCAUGGUCGGGAAGAUCUUUGGUGGAUUCGUGGCAGCCAAGUUUUGCGGGCUGUACAAACGAGAGUCGCUCUCGGUUGGUGUUCUAAUGUCCUGUAAAGGAAUUGUGGAGAUCGUGGUGUUGAACACCGGUCUGAACGCUGGCAUCAUUUCGCAGAAGACUUUUUCAAUGUUUAUUGUCAUGGCACUCAUUGCUACCUUUCUCACCACUCCGCUCACAUUGUGCUGCUACCCACAAUCUUACAGAGACUCUGUGCAGAGACGACUUGCCGAAAAGGAGGAGUCUGUGUCUGUGCCUGCUUCUGACUCCUCGUUGCAGCCUGAUGAGUACCAGCAGAUCGAGUUCAAGCGGCUCAUUCUGAACGCCAACAACCUCGAAAACAUAACCACCGAUCUUAUUCUGCUUGACCAUUUGGCAAUCCCAGCCAAACUACCCAUACAUGGAGUGCACAUCAAAUCUCUUACUCCUAGAACGGCAGAUCUGCUUUACGCAUCGAUGCUAAAAGACGAAGAGCGAACCGAAAACACGCACUUAAACGCUAUACUGAGCAUUCUCAAGAUAUUCAGCGACUUGAAUUCCAUACAGUUCACCUCUGAGAUUCUAUACAGUCUUCCGCAAGACCAAUUCAAGACGCUUCUAUCUGGAGUGACCUACUUCAAGCACGAUCUGCUGGUUCUGACCAUGAGCAUCAAGGACUUUGAGAAAAACCGUCAGGUGAUGGCCGAACUAAGAAAGGCAGAUAUCAUUGACGUUCACCGGUGUUUGUUUGUGAACAACAAUCAGGAACUGGCUUCCAAGGCCUACAACGAGUCCGUCGACGAUAAAUCGCUGAUCUCAACAGACACGUUCCUUAACCCAAAUUCGUUUGAGAUCAGCACACUACUGCUAGUUUUUACUAGUUCCAAGAUGAGCCAACGAGAUAUGGUUGCACUGAAACUGUUCAGCGUCCUUAUUCUCCAUCGAAGGAUAUCCACGGCCCAAAUUCUUGUCGAGGAGUCGAACGAGAUCAGGGCAAUCAUCCUGAACGACCCGUUAUUAGCGCAAAACCCCAACAUUAGUGUCUCGGCUAUGGGACCCAACGAAAUAGAGAAACUUUACGACCGGAGCGCGCCUUCUAUGAACAACCUGGUUAUCAUCACCAACGAGAAGUCAUCUGACCCCCUGGUGGACCAUCUGGUUGAUCAAAAUUAUAAACUCCUCCUAGUCUACUAA